AUGUGCAUCACCGGGCAGAUCGACGACCCCGCGACGCCCGGUGUCUGGUGGCGGGAAGACGACGAGUGGCGCCGCUACGGGAGCACGCAUGCUGACGUCAUCAAGGAGGGCGUCCGGAACGGGUUGACGUGGGUCACUCUGGAGGGCCUGUCAGACGUCGAUGGAGAGGAGCUUGGAGAAACGUACACCGUCGAUCUGCGAAUCAUGCAGCAGAAGAGCCCACGAGGGUUCAUGCGCCCGGUGCUGGUUGUGGACGGGGCGGGGGCGACAGGGUGGCCGAGGGGCGGACAGGCUCUUUCUGCAAACGUGCUUUCGCCCCUCCUCCGGAUCUGGCAGCGGGGAUCGAGCUCCGACAAGUGGACGCGCGUCUCUGACUUGGUGGCCCGCUUUCUCCUGCGUGCGGCCAAAACCGGAGCGCCCACGUGUCUGCUGGACGAGGGCGACGGCAGCUUCGCCAUGGUCGAUUUCCAGUCCAUGACCAAGACCGACACCGUCACUGGAAGAACGGCCGAGCUCCGAGUCGCUUGCCCCCUGGACGGAGACGGCAUCGCGGCCGCGAUCGCGGCAGCAGACCACGCGCAAAAGAAGCUGGUGCUUCACGAACUCGUCAAGUCCCUGCGCGAACCGGACAAGGUAGAGGGCUUCGUUAACGAGAUCGGGGGUGAUUCGGAGUGGAAGCUCGUCGCGCAGCGGCCGAACCCGUACCUGAGCUACGAGAGCCGUCUCUACCAGCGCUUCUUGGACUCCCUGGCACACCACAUGCACGAUCUCACAGGGCUGAUAUUGGGAAAGAGCACUAGUACUGGCAAGAGGAAGCGGUUGAAAGAGUCGCCCAUUGAAUACGUUUUCCAUGGAACGUGCAACAAGAACUUGGAAAGCAUCCUCAAGGAGGGUAUGGAUCCCAAGAAGCGUAUAUAUGGCUACGACUUCUUUGCCUAUGACGCCGAACUCUCUUUGGGAUACACGGAUGAAGAUGAAGUUUUGGAUGGGAUGGAUGUCGAAGGAAACCUUCUCGUUUUCCUCGUGCUUACGCUUCCUCCGGGGUUCUCUGAGCGGACCCUCAGAAAGAACGGAACGAUGGUACUGAUGGAAAAGGUGGAGUACGAGCUCCCAAUAGCCGUUGCAACUGUGCGCAAGCCUAGUGCUGGCGAACGAGACGAGAAUUAG